AUUUCAAUAUAAUCUGGUAUGAUUUCACAUUUCGAUAAUUAAAUUCGUGAAAAACUCAAAAUCGCCGCUCGAGAACCGGUGCUAGUUUUAAGGUAAUACACAAUAAAAGUGGAAGAUGUACACGCUAUCUUUCGUCCUUUACGUUGCUCUUGUUUGUUGCGCACUGAUAUUUGUAAGAUUAUAUUUCCUGAUAUUUAUGAAACGUCACAAGCCCAGAGAAAAGUCUUCCUCGGUUAAAACGAUGAUAAUAUUAGGAUCAGGUGGACACACAGCUGAGAUGCUUCGCAUUGUUCAGCGUUUAAACGUCAAAAACUACUCGCCUAGAGUAUACGUUCACGCGCAAACGGACAAACUCAGUUCUGAGAAAGUGAGAGAUCUGGAGACUGGCAAUAAAGAUUACAACAUUGUGGACAUUUACAGAAGUCGGGAAGUUCGACAGUCAUACUUCACAUCAGUUUGGACUACUGUGCUCGCCACGCUGAACAGUAUUUCGAUCUUGUGGAGGGAAAGACCAGAACUUAUAUUGUGCAACGGCCCAGGCACUUGUGUUCCUUUGUGUGUUGUAGCAUUUCUGCUUAAAGCGCUAUGCUUCUCACAAACUGUUAUUGUGUUUAUUGAAAGUUUCUGCAGAGUUAAGACUUUUUCUUUAACAGGAAAAAUUUUGUAUUACUUGGCUGAUUAUGUGAUUGUUCAGUGGGCUUAUUUAAGUAAGCCUGUUUAUAGUAGAAGCAUCUUUUUAUAAACAAAGACCUUUCUCAAUUAUAU